AUGGCCCCCAAUGGCACUACUAGACCCAAGAUUCUGCUCCUGGGCGAUAUCGACCACGCUCUUCCCUCCUGGAAUGCACUGAGCGACCUCGGCGAGCUUGUGCGCCCAACAGCAACCAACCGCACCGAGUUCCUAGAGGAAUGCCGCGCCGGCAAACUCGACGGCGUGGUCGCCGCCUACCGGACCUUCUUCUCCAUUACUAUCACAGGACUAGUCGAUGAGGAACUGGGGCCGGAUACGACCAAGUCGACGUACACGCCUGCAGCGCGCAGCCCUCCCAUCCGAGUCUCCAACGUGCCCACAGCAGUCGACGACGCCACCGCGGACGUAAACAUGUUCCUCAUAAUCGGCGCACUGCGCAAUUUCAACACGGGCAUGCAAGCCCUGCGUGAGGGCAAAUGGCGCGGCCAGCCUGCGCCGCCGCUCGGUCAUGACCCGCAGGGCAAGGUGCUGGGUAUCCUGGGGAUGGGCGGGAUUGGUCGCAACUUGAAAAAGAAGGCUGAGGCGUUUGGGAUGAGGGUUGUUUAUCAUAAUCGUCGGAAGCUGAGUGAGGAGCUUGCUGCUGGGGCAAAGUAUGUUUCUUUUGAGGAGUUGUUGGAGGGUAGUGAUGUGAUUAGUUUGAAUCUGCCGUUGAAUAAACACACCCGCCACAUCAUCAGCAAGGCCGAAUUCGCCAAAAUGAAGGAUGGCGUGGUGGUCGUGAACACUGCGCGCGGGGCAGUCAUUGAUGAAGCGGCGCUGGUCGAUGCCCUGGAUAGCGGCAAGGUGUUCUCGGCUGGGUUGGAUGUCUUCGAGGACGAGCCCAAUGUUCACCCGGGCCUGAUGAGCAACCCGAAUGUCAUCCUGGUACCGCAUAUGGGCACCUGGACGAAGGAGACCAUGACGGCGAUGGAGGAGUGGGCGAUUGAGAAUAUCCGUCAGGCGCUGGAGACGGGGACGAUGAAAAGCCCUGUGCCUGAGCAGGCAGAUCUGUAG